CCUCCAUUUCUCUAUUCCAUAAGAGAAGAGAAACAGUCUCUCCCUUUUUUCCAUUCCUCAAAUAAAAAGCAACUCCUUUUCUUAAAAAACACCCAAACGACAGUUAGUACAUAGCGAACUAUUCUUUCGUCUUUUACCAAAACAGAUACUAAAUCUCUUGCAGUGAACAUCAACAUGGAUUUUAGUAACCCAAAAACUGCUUCUCCAUCUUCCUCCAAAACCAAAAGAAAGCAAAAGCAGCAGCAGCAGCAGCAACAACAACAAAACAACAACCAGCAGGAGACGAGGUUUCUGGGAGUAAGGAGGCGGCCGUGGGGCAGGUACGCUGCGGAGAUACGAGACCCUACCACCAAGGAGAGGCAUUGGCUCGGGACAUUUGAUACUGCUGAGGAAGCUGCCUUAGUCUACGACCGCUCCGCUCGUUCCAUGCGCGGCUCCAAAGCCCGCACCAACUUCGUCUACUCUGACAUGCCAUCCGGCUCCUCCGUCACCUCCAUCAUCUCCCCCGAUGAAAUCCACCACGACAUCUCCUCCAUCUUCACUACUACCACACUCCAAAAUGAUCAUCUCAACCAGAACCAGCUCUUUUUUCCACAAGACCCAUUCGGGUCAUGCCAGUUUCCAUGCGGGUUACCCGUGGAAAACGGGUGGGUUCAAGGAAGCAAUUCAAUUGGGCCUUACCAGCCCAUUACUGGCGUUAUGGACGCCAGCAAUGAUUGCUCUCAACAGUUUUCUAAUGACUCCGAGCUGCCACCUCUGCCACCAGACUUUUCAUCCGGGUCGGAUAUGACAUAUGGAGUUUGGAGUGACUCCACAUAUUUCGGGUUAUCGGAGCAACCGGGAUUUGGAUUUGAUUUCGGAGUGAAUGGAUCUUAUUUGGGCUUUGAUCCAAAUGGUAUGGGGCAGCAAAGCCCACUGUUUUCGGAUUCCGUAACGGACGGGUUUGAUUUGGGUUCGUCUUCAGGUUAUUUCUUUUAAUAACCGAAAGUUGGAAUUUCAAAAUUUUUAUAAUGGGAAUUAAAUGUGUCAGUUUAAUUCUGGGUGUUGACGGCUUCUUAAUUUUAAUUUUUAUUUUAUUUUGAUUUUGGCGGGAGAAGGGUAACUUUUUUUUUUUUGUUUAGGGUGUGUUUGGGUUUUGGAAAACGAGGGGACAAAAUUUACUGCUUUCAGUCCUACUUUUGUAGUUCAUGAUGUCUCAAGCUUUUGGGUCACUUGUACCGCUCUGAUUCUGCCACGUUUCGGAUUUGUAAAUGUUUAAUAAUUUGAUUGCAAUGAU